AUGUUCGCCAAAAUUAUGCUCGUUGUUGCUCUGUGCGUGGCUGGCGCCCAGGCGGGUCUUCUGCCCUUAGCCGCUGCACCACCAGCUGUUCCGCUGGCCGCCGCCAGCUUUGUGGCGCCCUAUGCCUCCAGCUUCAAUGCCCAUCGGAUUAACCAUGCUGUGGCCUAUCCGGUAGCACCACCUGUUGCUUUGGCUGCUCCAGUGCCACCGGCGCCAGUUGCGUUUGCUGCACCGCACAAGGUCGCCUUUGCUGCUCCUGCCUUGGCACCAGCUCCUGCUUUUGCUCCGGUGGCGGCUCCUCUGGCUGCACCUCUGCCCGCACCACUGGCCACGCCCUUCGGAUUUGCUGCGCCCGCGCCUUUGGCCUUUGCCGCGCCCACCAGUUUUGGUCUGCCAGCUGGUGCACCUUUCGCUGCCCCCGUGCCCGCUCCUCUGGCAGUGGCGCCCAGGUACGCGCCCGCGCCCUACUUCUUCUAG